GAGAAGAAAAAGGGUAAACUUGAUGAUUACCAGGAACGAAUGAACAAGGGAGAACGCCUUAAUCAAGAUCAACUGGAUGCUGUGUCUAAGUACCAAGAAGUCACAAAUAAUCUGGAAUUUGCAAAAGAACUUCAGAGGAGCUUCAUGGCUCUGAGCCAAGAUAUCCAGAAAACAAUAAAGAAGACAGCUCGCAGGGAACAGCUGAUGCGAGAAGAAGCUGAACAGAAACGUUUAAAGACUGUACUUGAGCUGCAGUUUAUUUUGGACAAAUUAGGUGAUGAAGAAGUGCGCAGUGACCUGAAACAAGGAUCAAAUGGAGUGCCAGUACUAACAGAGGAGGAAUUGACAAUGCUGGAUGAUUUUUACAAGCUAGUUGACCCUGAACGAGACAUGAAUAUGAGGUUGAAUGAACAAUAUGAGCAAGCAUCCAUUCAUCUGUGGGACUUACUGGAAGGCAAGGAAAAACCUGUUUGUGGAACCACCUACAAAGCUCUAAAGGAUAUCGUUGAACGCAUUCUUCAAACUAAUUAUUUUGAUAGUACCCACAACCAUCAGAACGGAUUGUGUGAGGAGGAAGAGGCAACUCCUGCGCCUGCAGUAGAAGAUCCUGUAGUAGAAGCUGAACCUGAUCCAGUGGAAGAAUACACUGAACCAACUGAAGUUGAAUCAACUGAGUAUGUCAACAGACAAUUCAUGGCAGAGACUCAGUUCAGCAGUAGCGAGAAGGAACAGGUAGAUGAGUGGACAGUUGAAACGGUUGAGGUUGUAAAUUCACUCCAACAACAAACGCAGGCUACUUCACCUCCUGUUCCUGAACCUCAUACACUUGCUUCUGUGGCUCAAGCAGACCCUAUUGUUAGGAGACAGCGAGUACAGGAUCUCAUGGCACAGAUGCAAGGCCCGUAUAACUUCAUGCAGGACUCCAUGCUGGAGUUUGAGAAUCAGGCUCUCGAUCCUGCCAUUGUAUCAGCACAGCCCAUGAAUCCAGCACAAAAUUUGGACAUGCCACAAAUAGUUUGCCCUCCAGUUCAUGCUGAAUCAAGACUUGCCCAGCCUACCCAGGUUCCUGUGCAGCCAGAAGCUACUCAGGUCCCUUUGGUGUCUUCAACAAGUGAGGGCUACACAGCAUCCCAGCCCAUGUAUCAGCCUUCUCAUACAACAGAGCAGCGGCCACAGAAAGAAUCAAUUGACCAGCUUCAGGCUUCAAUGUCUUUAAGUACAGACCAGACACCAGCAUCUUCAUCACUUCCCACUGUAUCCCAGCCUCAAGUAUUCCAGACUGGGUCUAGCAAACCUUUGCAUAGCAGUGGAAUUAAUGUUAAUGCAGCUCCAUUCCAAUCCAUGCAAACAGUGUUCAAUAUGAAUGCACCUGUUCCUCCUGUCAAUGAGCCAGAAACCCUUAAACAACAAAAUCAGUACCAGGCCAGUUACAACCAGAGUUUCUCCAAUCAGCCUCACCAAGUAGAACAAUCAGAGCUACAGCAAGAACAGCUCCAGACAGUGGUUGGCACCUACCACAGUUCCCCAGACCAGUCUCAUCAAGUGGCAGGUAAUCACCAGCAGCCUCCACAACAGAAUACUGGAUUCCCACGUAACAAUCAGCCUUAUUAUAACAGCCGGGGAGUGUCUCGUGGUGGAUCACGUGGUGCUAGAGGCUUAAUGAAUGGAUACAGAGGACCGGCCAAUGGGUUUCGAGGAGGUUACGAUGGCUAUCGCCCUUCAUUCUCCAACACUCCAAACAGUGGUUACACACAGCCCCAGUUCAACACUCCACGGGACUAUCCCAACUACCAGAGGGAUGGAUAUCAACAGAAUUUCAAACGUGGCUCUGGACAGAAUGGACCUCGGGGAGCCCCUCGAGGUCGUGGAGGGCCCCCAAGACCCAGCAGAGGAAUGCCUCAAAUGAAUGCUCAGCAAGUGAAUUAAAAUAAUUCACAGGAUUACAUUAAACGCCAAAAACACACUGGCCAGUGUACCAUACAUGUUACCAGAAGAGUUAUUAUCUAUUUGUUCUCCCUUGCAGGAAGUUCAUUGUAAAGGGACUAUUUUCAUUACCCAUAAUGACAGGACUACAAUUGUCAGCUUUAUAUUACCUGGAUAUGGAAAGAAACAACGUUUACUCUGCAUGUUCUGUCCUAAGCAUCAUCUUGAGCCUUGCACAUGAGAUUCAGAUUCCUCACCCUUGCUAUGAGUAAAGCAAAAAGGCAAUUUCAGGGUGAUUAAAUAUCCAUCGUUAACUGAAGUGGCAGGAAAAAGCAAGGACUGGCUCACUUCUGAAAUUCAAUAGUAAUGGAACAAAUUUGGAUAAAAUCUGAAAAAUUCUAAAGAUUUUACUCUGAUGGCAGUUGGCAAAAUUAAACUUUCCCAUGAAAGGCGGAUGGAAGAAGUGAAGUGUGGUUUGGCUGAGCAACUGCAUUUCAUCUUUUUCUUGUUAAAUUGAAGCACUGAACAGUUUGCAUAAUGGUGUAGAAAUCCCUAAGUAGAAAAUAAGCUGACAACCAGCUUUUGAUUAAACAAACAAGAAACUCCCUUAGCUACAGCACUCUCCAGUUGAUCCAGUUUACUUUGGCUAAGGAUAUAUAAAUUGCUUGUGUAACUGCUGAUAGAAUUGUGUAAACGUUUCUUUGUAAAAAAACAAAACAAAAAAAAAAAACCAAAAACCAAC